CUUUUAUGUUGAAAUUGUUCACCGGAUGUUGUUGUCAGCUGACAGGACUUCCUCCUCGCGAAUUCUUCUUUCAUGAAUUCACCCACAAAAAUCUUAUUAUUCAUUUCAAACAAGCUAAAAGUAUUUCAUGUGGAGGGAACACGGACAUAAAUGAAAUGUCUGCGAAACCGACCUGUUUGAUAGUGGCGAGUGCUUCUCCACAAGGAGUGUCAGCAAAGUCUUUCCAUCAGUCCUUCAGCCUCUGUUCCUCUGUGUUUAAUCUCCAGACAGCCACACCCGGGGGGAAGCCAAUAGACUUUGUUGGAGUGGAUGAAAGCACUGCUAGAUGGGUGCAGGACUUCAACGUGAAACCCUACGCCACACCUGCCAAGCUUGAAUCUAUAGAUGGUGCCCGAUACCAGGCGCUGCUCAUCCCAGACUGCCCCGGAGCGCUGAACGACCUGGCACACAGCGGCUCUUUGCACCGCAUUCUCACACACUUCAUCUCUCAGCAAAAGCCUGUCUGUGCAGUGGGACAAGGAGUGUCAGCUCUGUGUUGCGCCACUGAGGGACAGCAGUGGAUCUUCAGUGGCUACAGUUUAACAGGACCGUCAGUGUUUGAACUGGUGCGGAGGCCUGACUUUGCCAACCUUCCUCUGGUCGUGGAGGACUUUGUGAAAGACAGUGGCGGAUCGUACACAGCAAGUCAAGAAGAUGCUUUGCAUGUAGUCAUAGACAGACACCUAAUAACGGGCCAGAACAUGCAGUCGACGUCACUUGCUGUGAAUAAUCUAAUCCUGCUCUUCAGUGCAAAGUAAAAGAAAAUCGUAACAUCAAAUUAAACGACUUUGUUGUACCACAUUUAUAUUCAUGUAAUUAAACUAACAUUCAUCUCAGACAAACACUGGAAGAUGCUGUGUCAGAACAGGUGUUUGACAACACUGUAAAUACAACUUUGUUACUUGUUGAUGCUGUCGAUACAAAAUAAUAAAAAUCACACAAUCAAA